AUGUACACAGCGUUGUUGAAGAAUCCUGAAGAUAUGCCGCCGGAAAUAGGGCUCAUCGUGCUCACCGCUCGAAAUAUCAAUCGCCUAUCAUCAUUGCUCGCGACGGCUUCCACGUCCGUCACUUCAAAGUUAUACAUAAGGUAUUAUUUCGGGAUAUUUUUUUAAAAUUAUUUUUAUUGAACCUCAGAGUCCAAGAUACCUGUCUUGAUACUAUUCUUCCUAAAAUCUACUUAGAUUCUUCUCAGCAAUGUCCGAAUCUGGACGUUCGGGUUUUGUUAGGGGAGAAAAUUCCACAAAGUGAGUUUAUGAAUCGAUUUUAGACGUUUAUGUGAAUUUUGAGGCGCGACUUUGAUAGGUGACGGGGAAGUAGGAAAAAUUUCGCCACCUGAACCGAAAUACAAAAAGGUGGUCCUUGGCGGAACUUUUGACCGGCUUCACAAUGGUCACAAGGUUCGCAAUUUCUACUCGAGAAGUUCUAUUUUUCGAGUGUUUUUUAGGUUCUCCUGUCGAAAGCCGCAAUGUUGGCAUCGGAAAGCAUCACUUGCGGAGUAACUGACAAAACUAUGAUCUUGAGUAGGUGUAUAUAUCACCGAAAAAUAUGAAUGAAGCUUUAGAAAAGUCUCUCUUCGAAAUGAUUGAACCGGUAGAGAAAAGAAUCGCGGACGUCGUCGAGUUCGUUGAAGACGUCUCAGACACAGUUGGUCAUUUUUUUAAUUUUCACAACCAAAUAAAAGGGAAAUAGUGAAUCCUACAGGUUCGAGUGCUCGCUGAGCCCAUUCCCGACAUGUAUGGGCCGUCGACUAGAGUCCAAGAUCUAGAAGCGAUAGUCGUUAGCGAAGAAACGAGGAAAGGAGGGGAUGCAGUCAACAAAAAGCGCCAAGUAAGGUCUUGGUUCUGAAUAGAAUUUGAUUUAAAGCCGUUCUGAUAGUAUUGUUAGGUAAUAUUGAAUAAAAACGAUAUUUUAUCCUUUAGGCGUUAUUAUCAAGUGUGUUUCUAAUAGUAUCUGAAAGACAAAAGCUACCUAAAAAACAAGGGUAACAAUUUAACAUAGCCAAAGUCGGAAGGGCCCUUUACGGGCUCUUCAGCGUCCUUUAUGGGUCCAAAAAGGUUUUGAUUAGUUGUUGCUAAACGGGUGGCAACGGUUUCCUUUUUACUGUCUUUUUCCGUUCUUUCAUCGGCCUUUAUACACCCUUUUGAGAAAUGCGCCAUUUUUUUAAUUAAGAAUAAUCUUUAUCAGUUGUAUGUAUGAACCAAAAUGUGCUAAAGCAAUAAAGCCGGAAGUCAUCAACGGCCGAGAUUUUCUGCACCCUUUUUCGAGGCUUUUUAGCCCACUAACUUUUUUUUUCAGGAAAACGGGAUGAGCGUACUGGAUGUGGUAGUCAUCAGCCUCGUAGAGGCCAACGACGAAGUAAUGAAAGAAUCGAAAGUGAGUUCUUCGUCGCGAAGAAGGUUCCCUUUGUCUUCUGUCGCUUUAGUACUUUUUGAUAUUAGAGAGGCGUUAGGAACACUUCUGAGGCCGCCGUACGACAUUCCGAGAGCUGCUGGAAGACCAUACAUGAUUGGUCUAACCGGCGGUAUUGCUUCAGGAAAAUCCAACAUCGCAAAAUACCUGGCUACGAAGCCGGAUUUUCAGGUUUUCGCCUUGAUGAUUGAUAUUUUCGAAAUGGAUCAUUAGGUUAUCGACUGCGACAAGCUCGCUCAUGGAUGUUACGAGCCUGGGAGCCGUUUAAAUCAAGAAAUCGCCCAGACCUUCGGCGAAGAAGUCGUUAAAAACGGUGUUGUCGACCGUCGCAAGCUCGGAGGGAUCGUAUUCGGCAACAAGGUGACUAUUCCUACAUAAACGGGCUCUUAUCAACUGUUUAGGACCUCCUCCGGCAGUUGAGCGAACUCGUUUGGCCUCACGUCUACGAGAAAGUGGAAUCGAUUGUUGCGAGUUCUGACAAAAAGUUUAUAGGUUCGUUGUUGAUCAUUACAAUAUUCUACUAAUUACCCAUCUUCAGUCAUCGAGGCGGCGGCUUUAGUCGAAGCGGGUUGGAGGAAAAAUUUGCCCGAGUUGUGGACCGUUUUCGUUCCUGAGGCAGAGACUAUCCGACGCGUGGUAGAACGUGAUAACGUCUCCGAAGAACAGGUAGAGACUUCACGGUUGGAAGAAAUUUCUCUAGUGUCCAACCCCAGAGCUUUAUGGAAAAGAGGGUAUCAUCACAGUAAGUCUAAUAAAAUGUCUAACAGAAACAUAGCUUAUGAAAGUAACUUCUUACUUAGGAAUUCCAUAGUGGUCCCUAUAAGGGCUUGGGGAAACAGGAAAAAAUAUGGGCCGAAAAAGUGGUCCCUAUAGGGGUAAAAUGAAGUUGGCCCCUAUAGGGGUCUUUGGACUUCUUCAAAAAACGCUUAUUUUAUUCAGUUUUUCUUAUGGAAAUGCUUCUCAGUUUAAAGUUCAUAGCAAUUAUCGAUUAGUAUCUUCUCUAUAGGGACCACUAACUAAAACCCUUAUAAAGACGGCUUUUGCACGCUUUAGUGGCCCCUAUAGGGUUUGGUAAAGUGGACCCUCCAAGGGCCCCUAUGGGGGUCACUCUGGAGUACCUAAGUAACCAAAUUUCUUGAGGCGCAAGCGAGGAUGAGAAGCCAAAUCACGAACAAGGAGCGGAUCGACGAAAGCAACGUUGUCUUUUGUUCGCUAUGGGCCUAUGAAGAAACACGGGCUCAGGUCGACAGAGCUGUCGAGCAACUCAGAAAACGGGUUUCAUAA